AUGUCUAUAGCCAGGGUGACUGAGUGGCGCAAACUGCCUCUCAGUUUGGCCGAGCUAUGUAUUGACACGACCCUGAGAUGCGGACAAUCAUUCCGAUGGCGCAAAAUCAACGACGAGUGGUGCUGCACAUUGUAUGGACGAAUCGUGGCGCUAAAGCAAGAUCCAACUCACCUGCAUUACAAGGUCACUUGGCCUGUAAAGCCAACUUACCCGCUUACGCCCCCGAUCACCGAUGGCGAAGUUAACGGCGACGACACUGAGGAGUUACUGCGCCACUAUUUGAGUCUCAAGCUGGAUCUCAAGUCUUUGUACGAGCAAUGGUCUGAAGCAGAUUUGAACUUCCGCAAGAGGGCCCCCAAGUUCGGAGGCGUCCGCAUGCUGAGCCAAGAUGCAUGGGAAGCUCUGAUUUGCUUCAUAUGCAGUAGCAAUAACAACAUUUCGAGAAUAUCACAGAUGGUUCACAAGCUCUGCACGCAUUAUGGGCCACUUAUCGGCCAUAUCGGAGAUGAGCCGUUUCAUGACUUCCCGACACCCGAGGCUCUGACGGGAAACUCGGUAGAAGCGCAUCUUAGAGAGCUCGGCUUCGGCUACCGGGCGAAAUACAUCGCGCAGACGGCGUCGAUCAUUGUAAAGGACCGGCCAAAGGGCUGGUUCGAGAGCCUUACGAACCCGGAGAACCCAUGCUACAGAAAGACCCCGGAAGGCUCUCAGUUGCCUCAAUGCACGUACAAAGAAGCACACGAGCAGCUCCUCCAACUGGCUGGCGUCGGGCCAAAGGUAGCCGACUGCGUCUGUCUGAUGGGCUUGGGCUGGGGCGAGGCCGUGCCUGUGGACACACACGUCUGGCAGAUUGCCCAGCGGGACUACAGGUUUGGCAAGACCAAGACCAAGACGUUCAACAAGGCUAUGUACGACGCCGUGGGUGACCAUUUUAGGGAGCUAUGGGGCAAGUACGCGGGCUGGGCGCACUCUGUGCUGUUCACGGCGGACUUGAAGACGUUUGCGGAGCGGACGGUGAAGAAGGAUGAGGAUCAGAUGGUGACGGUGAAGAAGGAGGUUGCUCUUGACGAAGAAGUGUCAGGGCUGAGUAGGAAGCGCAAGGCCGCAAGGGCGAAGGUGAAGGUCGAGGUAGAUCACAAGGUGCUAGAGACGGCACCUAUGGAAUUGUCGCCAAAGAGGAGAAGGACUCGGUCGCAGACGCUGAAGAGGAGCUGA